AUGGCUUCAAGCUCGUCUUCGGACUUGGAUUCAGGCAGCUCCCCUUCCCGACCCCCAACCAGUGCUCCCUCUACGCCCCCGGCUGAAGACUCGGGCGACGCCAAGAUGACUGUCGUGCCAACUUUCAACGAGGAGCACAUGCUCACCGAGGAGAAGAAGGCGCGAGCUGAGAACACAAGAGCUGAGGCCAAGCGAUUGGCACAGGCACGUAGAAAGCGCAAGAAGGCCCAGUUGACGCCCCGGGAAAGAGCCGCCAAGGCUAAGGAACUCGACGAACUUCUUCGGAAAAGCAAGGUCUUCUCGGACAUUCUCACCAAAAAAACCAAAGCCCUCGGCCGAGUCGGGCGUGAUUUCGACAAUCAGGCUCUUACCGAUGCCGGCUUGGAGUUGAAGGCACAACCCAAGAUCAUGUCUGGUGGAACCAUGCGUGACUACCAGCUUGAAGGGCUUACUUGGAUGUAUGAGAUCUGCCUGCAGGGAUUGAGUGGCAUUUUAGCCGAUGAGAUGGGAUUGGGCAAGACGAUCCAGACAAUUUCACUCGUAGCAUUGCUCCGGGAGCAAGAGAGCUAUUACGGACCCCACCUGAUCAUUGCCCCGUUGAGUACUCUGUCGAAUUGGCAAGAUGAGUUCAAGAAGUGGACUCCUUCCAUUCCCUUCGUCCUGUAUCAUGGCACGCCUGAACAACGCCAGAAGAUUUUCAGCGACGACAUCAAGCGACACUACACGAAGUCUCGUGGCGAGCGAGAAUUCCGUCCCACCUCUGGCUUCCCCGUGGUGUGUACGAGUUACGAGAUGAUCUUGAAUGACCGCGCUGUGCUUUCCAAGAUUGAUUGGGCCUUCAUUGUUGUAGACGAGGGCCACAGGCUGAAGAACGCCGAUGCAAAGCUCUUCCGCGAGCUGCAGCAGUUCAAGUCUGCAACCCGCCUGCUGAUCACUGGUACACCACUUCAAAACAACUUGAAGGAGCUGUGGUCCCUGCUUCACUUUCUGAUGCCAGAGACCUUCCUUGAUUGGGAGUCGUUCGAAGUGUGGUUCGAUUUCGAUGACAUCCAGGAUGAGGAAGGGACAAAGCAGUUCAUAGAAGAUCGACAGAAUCAAGAUCUCGUGAAAAAAAUCCAUAGAGUCCUGCAGCCGCUCCUGCUCAGAAGAAUCAAGGCGGACGUUGCCUCGUACUUACCCAAGAAACGGGAGUAUGUGCUGUAUGCACCCAUGACCAAGGAGCAGACCGACUUAUACAAGGUUAUCCUUGAUAAGGGUACUGAUACGCGGUCAUAUCUUGAAAACAAGGCGGUGGAACGUUUGACUGGUACGACCAACAGUCCACUCAGCUCUCGAAGAACGAGUGCAAGAUCUUCACCCGCGGCCAGUGUUAGGUCUACUGGUAAACCCGCAGGCUCGGCGAAGAAUGCUUUUGCGAUGAUGAUGGGCUCGUCCGGAAGAGCGCCCCAAACACCAACCACCAAGACGUUGCCCACGCGUUCGGAAGUAUCCGCCAAAAGAAAGACGGCGCCAACUACCGAGGCCCCCGAGCCAAAGAACCAUAAAUCAAAUAGACAAUCCACUGCAAGUGGGCAAGGUAGGAGUCGUCCUCGCAAAGGCCGACAAUCGUACAAAGUGCCCGAUGACUCUGACGAUGAUGCACUGGAUGACGAUGAGUUUGAGGAGAAACUCGCACAACAACUCGCGGCCGCCCAAGAGGAGGAAGAUGGAUUUCCCCAAGAUCAGGAAGAAGCUACCAGGGUGGCUUCACUCGAGCUUGCCAAACAGCAAAUUGGCGAAAAGAAGCUUGGGAACAAUGUCAUGCAACUCCGGUUGACGUGCAAUAGUCCGCACAAUUUCUACAAUCCCUGGGCCUACGAUGAUCAAGUCCCUGUUGACGAGAGCAUUGUCACCUCGUCUGGCAAGAUGCUUCUUCUAGACCGCCUGCUCCCGGCUUUGUUUGAACGGGGCCACAAAGUCUUGAUAUUCUCGCAGUUUACAACACAGCUUGAUAUCUUGCACGAUUAUUGCGCGGGGCUGAGACACUGGAAUGUGUGUCGUAUCGAUGGCAAUGUUCCACAACCGGAGCGUCGCGAACAGAUCGAGGCCUUCAAUGAAUAUCCGGACUUCAAGAUUUUCUUAUUGUCAACGCGAGCGGGCGGGCAAGGCAUCAACCUUGCCAGCGCCGACACUGUCAUCCUAUUCGACAGUGACUGGAACCCGCAACAGGACUUGCAGGCGCAGGAUCGUUGCCAUCGAAUCGGCCAGACCCGCCCGGUUGUCGUCUAUCGACUUGCAACCAAGGGCACCGUCGAAGAGGAACUACUCCACGGCGCCGAUGCCAAACGCCGGUUGGAGAAGCUUGUGAUAAAGAAAGGGGGGUUCAAGGCGAUGGGCCAAAAGCUCGAUCAGAACGAGGCUUUGGACAAGGAAACGCUCCAAUCGCUCCUCUUGAAAGACGGAGAAGUGUAUGAACACUCUGGUGGUGAUCUCAUUUUCAGUGAUGAGGACCUGGACAUCCUUUGCGAUCGAAGCGACGAGGCCUACGAUCGAGCUGCUACAGGCGCUGGUAAUGCCGAUGGCUUCCAAGUUGUCGACACUGCUGCAGAUGGCAUCAACCAGAUCAAGGCAGCGUAG